CAUAGUCGCUAGCAUGGAUACAAUUCGUGAAGCUCCCUUCGCCCAACUCCUCCGUUGGCUAACAGGGAAUAAAGUCUUUCUCUAUCCAGAAGAGCUUCCAGGGUUCGUCGUUCCAGAAGCAUACCUCAAUUCGGACGCUGCUGUUCCAGUAGAGGAGGAAUAUCCCACGCCACCGUCUCGGCCAUCGAUCAGCGAAAAGCGAGAGAACGGGCCAAAUGGAGACGAACGACUGGCGCUAGACGAAGAAGCAGCCUUGGAGAAAAGAACAAGUCUGUCUGUUGCGCCGCAGAGAACAAAAGAGGGUCUAAUUCUGGUGGACUGGUAUACGACAGAUGAUCCUGCAAAUCCGCAGAAUUGGUCUUCGAAGAAGAAGGCCUUUACUGCUUUGCAGAUAUGUUUAUAUACCUUCGUGGUGUAUACUGCUUCUUCUAUUUAUGUCCCUGCCGAACAACAGAUCAUGCAGCGAUUCGGCGUCCAGCAGACAAAGGCUUCCCUUGGUCUUGCUUUAUAUGUUGUUGCUUACGGCCUAGGACCUCUGAUAUGGUCACCUUUGAGCGAGGUGCCUGUCUUCGGCAGAAACAUACCCUAUAUUACGACAUUCUUCCUAUUUGUAGUCCUCUCCAUUCCCACCGCUCUAGUGGAUAAUCUAGCAGGGCUAUUGGUUCUUCGUUUCCUCCAAGGAUUCUUUGGCAGUCCAUGUCUAGCCGCUGGAGGUGCCUCAAUGCAAGACAUGUACAACUUGCUUGUCUUGCCUAUGCUACUCACAGCGUGGGUAUCCUCAGCAUACUGUGGACCGGCUCUUGGUCCCCUAAUAUCGUCGUUCGCAGUGACAGCAGAAAAUUGGCGCUGGGCCUUAUGGGAGAUCCUCUGGAUGGCAGGUCCUGUUUUCGGAAUCAUGUUCUUCUUCCUACCAGAGACUUCCGCCAAUAAUAUCCUCCUACGAAGAGCAAAACGACUACGAAAGCUGACUGGGAAUCCUAAAAUCCAUUCCCAAACAGAAAUUGACCGGAAGGGCAUCGAGUUCAGUUCGAUCCUUGCCGACGCUUUGAUAAAGCCGAUUGAGAUCAUGGUUAAAGACCCAGCAGUAUUAUUCACUAACGUCUACACAUCUCUCAUAUAUGGGAUUUACUAUUCCUUCUUCGAGGUGUUUCCUUUGGUCUAUCCACCCAUCUACGGUUUCAAUCUCGGAUUGACCAGCACGACCUUCGUGUGCAUUAUCGUCGCGUGCGUACUUGCUGCUGCGAUUUACAUUUCUUAUCUUUACUUUUAUCUCAUUCCCGAUAUCUUGAAGAACGGGCUGCGAGCACAGGAGUCACGUCUUGUACCUGCUCUGUUCGCUGUGUUUGGGCCCGUUAUUGGGCUUUUCUUAUUCGGCUGGACGGCCCGAGCCUCAGUUCACUGGAUCGUCAGUAUCAUCGGCAUCGUCAUCUAUGGCGCUUCGGCAUUCAUCGUUCUCCAGUGCAUCUUCGUCUACAUCCCACUAUCUUAUCCGCAGUAUGCCGCAUCGCUAUUUGCUGGUAAUGAUUUCGCCCGGUCGGCUUUCGCAUUCGGCGCGAUCUUAUUCUCUCGACCGAUGUACAUCAACCUUGGUGUGGCGAGAGGAAUCAGUCUUCUAGCCGGGCUGAGUGUCUUAGGUGUCGUAAGUGCCCAAGUAUUUUGCCUGUUUAUCGUUGUUAUGAACUGUGAAAUGGCCGUGUAGGAUUUAUGUGACUAACAAUGAGCGAUUCCAGAUCGGACUGUUCGUCUUAUAUUUCUACGGUGCGAAGCUACGAGCGAGAUCUACUUUCGCUAUCUGAAGGCAAGCUAUCUCGGUCAGUGGUCAUAUCCAAGGCUCUAUGGGAUUAGACCUUUGGUUCUUGCAGACACCAUGUUUAAUGACGCUGGGUAUUAUGCUACUUGGUUUCGUCUGCACGUUUCAUGGCAUAGAGAUCCACAAAAUUGUGCUUCUGCCAUUCUAUAUACUCGAGUCAUAUAUAAUUUGGGUUGGGGUAUAUCGCUUCUGGGUUGACAUUAUCGAAUGUUUAUAUAGUCAAGUAGUC